AUGGCUGGUGAAUACUAUGAUUUUGGGCCUCAUAAGAUCCACCAUAGUUCAGUGUUCCAUACAAGUGACCUUUCUUUUGCCUUUGUCAACCUGCGUCCUGCUGUGCCGGGUAUCCUGCUCCCUCACCUAUUUUAUCUACAUGUUCUUGUUUGUCCUAAGCGCGAAGCCAAGCGCGUUGCUGAUCUAACUGAUGAUGAGACAAUUGAUUUAUGGUGCAUAGCUAAGAAACUUGGUAGGCAGCUAGAGAGCUACCAUAAGGCAUCAUCACUUACAUUUUGUAUCCAAGAUGGACCCCAAGCAGGGCAAUCGGUGCCUCAUGUUCAUAUACAUAUACUUCCCAGGAAAAAUGAUGAUUUUGAGAACAAUGAUGACAUAUAUGAUGAAAUAAAUGAAAAGGAGAAGGAGUUGAAUAGAGAGCUUGGGGUGGAUAAAGAGAGGAGAGACAGGAGCCUAGAAGAAAUGGCUAUUGAGGCUGAUGAAUACAGAAAAUUUGUCUUCUAG